AAGAACGAUCUACGUCUUGCUCUCCAGGCUCUAUAGAAUACGCGCUAAGACUCAAUGAGAAGUAUGAUCAACCCAAACUAGCUCGAUAAGACCCCUUGCUAGACAUGCCGGCAUCUCCUCCACUGACUUCCAUACUAAAUCGCUGCAGCCACCGGGCCAGUAGGCGCGCAGGCAAAUCCAGCAAAUUUCCAAUAGGAACCUGACGAACCAGAGAACAACAUUCCUGACGAAUGGUGGAACUACAUAUGGUCACCCCGGUUCCUCCAGAUGAAGAACAGUAGCAAUCCUGAAGUUAAAAAAUAUGCUUAUCGGCUAGCUAAAAGUGAUGGAAGCUUUGAUACACUCUUAGGAAUGGGAUGUAUGGUGUUGCUUGAAAAGUCAAGCCUAAAUGUAUUGGAAGAACUUCUGAAGGGUUACCCAGAAGACUUUUCUCAGAACCUCGGAGAUCUCCUGAUAGAGGCAUUCAGGAUUAUUUUGGACUUUUGGAGAGGAUCAGAAUUACAGAUAGGCAUUGACUAUGACGAGGUUUGCGAGUAUGACAUGAUGGCAGUUUUCGAACAUAUCCUGACACAAGUUCCAAUAUAUUACCAAAAUGGAGGAAACUCUGUCACUAAUGAGGAAUUCUUACACGAAUUAUGGAUUUUAGGAACAGAUGUGGUUGUGCCUGAUGAGACAAGAAUUAAGGCCCUUGAACUGGCAGAAAAGUAUUUAACUUUUGAUAAGAGGGUGAAGGAAAUGCUGGAGACCUUGCGUCGUGGAGAAGUGGUUUCUUCAGAAUGAAGAGCAAAAAAUACAAUUUUAGUGAAAUGUUAGUAGAAUCUAAUAUGUAACUUGUUUCAUUGUAGACAUAUAUAUAAUAAUGAGAAUAAUUUUAUUUAGGGUUUGAAUUAUGGCUGUCUGUUUACUUUUACUUUUAAAUUAGCCCCUGUAUAUAAAGAGUGGCCAGGGUUACCAUCCACUGGCAGUGUGGGAUUUGAAUGCAGGUCGGCAAGAUUGAUAGAACGCUACCAUUGCAGUACACAACACAUAAUAUAUACAUAUAUGUGUUUUUGGGCUUAGUAUCUUUUGUAGGCAAUACAGACCUAGUAAAAAUGUUAAGAUAUUUCACCUGUAACUUCUUAUGAGUAUAUAGUACACUAAGCUGUCUUGUGCAUGAGUUCUUCAAGUAGAACUUUUCCAUAAUGUGGUAGCAGUUCCAUGAUAAAAAAAUCAGAGGUGUUCCAUCUAUAGAUCUUGGUGCCUCGAUGAAUGAUCACUAUACUUGUGCAACAACAGGCCAAAGAUGAUAGAUUUACUUUCUUUUUCUUUGCCUUUCAGCACCACUGAAACUUUUAACUUGUAUUCACGAGAUAUAUAUUAGGAGUUCACUGUGACCAUACUUUUAAAACUAUGAAUAAGUAUGAUUACCACAAGAAAAAAUGUAAUUAACAUUUUGAUAGUCACAUUUUCAUCAGGAUUUUGUGACUGAUAGCUUGAAUAUCAUUGUUGAUCAUUAAUCUUACCUUAUUGGUUUGGACUCUGAAGAGGGACGAAUGAAGAUUUACCAUAAGACUUCAAGAUGUUAUCCAGUUGAUGUCAUUCCCUAAAUAAUUGUAAUACCUGUGUAAGCUGUGAUAUAUUUAGUGGCAUUUAUAUAUUGGACCUCAAUUAUCCAGUGGAUGUCAUUCCCUAUAUAAUAGUUAUAUUUGUGUAAGCAGUGAUAUAUUUAAUAGCACAUAUAGAAUAUGUCACUAGGCCAGCUUUAAAAGAUAAAAUCUGUUUAGACACUCCUGUGAAUGUAGGCUUAGGGAAGUUUUUUGAGUACUUAAGAUGUCCUUGAAGUAAGUAUAAUGAGGAAGGAGUUGGUACCAUGAUUUAGAGUUUCUAUUUCUACUGAUAUGGUAAAUAUAUUUAGCUUUAUGCACUUUUAGUCAUGACAUUUUAUUGAUUUAGGCAGUAUAUCAGAAAAAGCAUCUUGGCAGUACUUUUCUCUUAAACUUCAUCUGAUGGGGAAAAUGUCAUCAUUAUGUGAAUGAAGUGCGCAUUUUUGUAUGAGUUGUGUUGAAGUUUACUUAAUAUUUAUAUAUUUAGAGUUACAGUCAUUUAUUUCAUGUGAAGUUGUUAUGUACUUUCUUGGUGGAAGAAUAGGCAAAGCAUAAGAACAUUUUAAUAAUUUCUUAAAUAAAGGAAAGGCAAAGUAUAA